AUGACCGAGUCAACGUUUGGCUUCAUGCCGCUGGUGUUCUUCGUCGACGACGUUCAGCACCCAAAGUCAAAGAACUCGCGGAAGCGACUAGAGUCCACCUCACGAUCACACGCAGCCCGAGUGGCGCAUGAGAAGCGCAAGGCAGUCAAAGCAAAGGGCAAUCCGGAAGACGCUUGCGGACGAAAUCAGGGCCCGGCGAUACUCCGCAACGCGCGAAUGGCAGCGGUUCCGACGUCAAUCAAGAUCUUUUGGCACGUCGUCGUUCCAGGCGUGAGGCCGAUGUGCACCAUUUUCAACACUCGAUGCCUGGCGACCCAGGAAUGGAUGGGAUAUAUGGCGCAAGACGUAUUCUUCCACGCCGCAGCAGCAGCCAUGCAUGCCGCUCACGAUCCGCUCAUCAAUCGCGAGUUCCGGACCCGGCCAUCGCAAGUCAUCUUUGAGCAUCGGGGCAAAGCAAUGGCUGCACUGCGACGACACAUGGCGCGUGGCGAGGAUAUCACCGACGCCAUGUUGCUCACAGUGUGUUUCCUCGCCUUGCUGGAACGGCGCUAUAACGAAAUGGAGGCCCAUCAACUUCACAAGCAGGCUCUCGGCAGCUUGGUGGCUUCGCGAGGCGGCCUCGAUGCUCUUCCGCCAUAUAUCAAGUGCCUGCUCAUGCAGUACGAGUUUCCUUGGGCGAUUGAGACGGGCUCUUCGGUCUUGCCGCGGACUCAGCGGCGCCAGCCCCUUUACCCGGGUGGAUCAGGCUCAAAGACCUUGCAGAAGCAGAUACGCUCGCUGCCAGAGGGGUUCGCGGCCCUUGGUCUCCAAGGCAAGAUCUCGACACACCUGCUUUUGAUCUUGGAGCGGUUCACAAUGUAUCCAACAAAGGGCCGUGAGCUUGAUACAGAGAACGAGAGCUGUAAACUUCACAUCGGGUAUGUGUUUGAUGACUUCUGGGACGCGUUUCCUCAGCUUUCGUUCGAUGAGCGCGACUCCCAGGAGCCAUCGUUGAACAACCUGCUCUUCCUCUGUCUGCUCGUUUACGCAGGGUUGCGGCAUAGUCCCAUACCGCAGGUAAACAGCAUCGUUGUCUGUAUGCGGGCGGCUCUACACGCCAGGUUGGUCCAAUGCACCCGGCUUAGAGAGGCGGCAGAAGAAGAGUGUCUCCGCUGGAUAUGGGCAGUCGCGGUUUCCUCGUGGAGGCAGAGGGACGGGACCCUUGAUCAGCCUGGUUUCCAGUUGCUGGAGCGCCAACGCUGGAGACUCGGCUCUUCGAGCAGUGAAGAGUUUGAAAAGACUUUGAGGAAGUUCUUCUGGGACGAUGGGUUGGAGAUGACGUGCAGGCAGAUGUUUCAAAUUCAGGGCAGGAGCGACUGUCAACCUGGGAAAUAG